CACGUUCGUUAUCGAUCGUUACGUUUGCUCAGUAAUAGUUAAGACGUACGAAAAAUCGUAUAAUUAAGAAAACGCUCGCUAGUCUAAAGCUCUCUGACUCGCGCAAUGGCGGAGGAUUUGGAUGUCGAGGCGAUGCUGGAGGCGCCAUACAAGAAAGGGAUGGUACGUAACAUGUACCCUCGCGCUCGUAGGAUGUUCGGCAGCGAGUUCCUAGAAUGCACUUGAAAUACGAGGAGCAGGACUCCUCAUCCAAAGACAAAUCUUCCAAGGAGAAUGGGUCUAGCCGCAAAUCAUCUGGGAAGAGCAAGCAUCGUUCUCGUUCUCGUUCCCGAUCGCGAGACCGUAGGGAAAAAGAUCGUCGCGAUCGCGAUAGAGACAGAGAUAAGGAACGCGACAGAGACCGUGAUCGUGGCGAUCGUCGACGUAGAUCAAGAUCUAGAGAACGAAGAGACCGUGACAGAGAUAGGGACACCGAGCGAGAUACCAGGGAUCGACGGGACAGAGAUCGGGAUCGAGAUAGAAGAAGAAAACGAUCGCUCACACCAAUCACACUUCCCAGAGCAAGACCACCAUUCGGGAAAGGCGUCAGUCCUCUUGGAAUUAGGAACGACGAGUUAACGCCAGAAGAACGCGACGCUCGAACAGUCUUCUGUAUGCAACUGAGUCAGCGCAUACGAGCACGUGAUUUAGAAGAAUUCUUCUCUAGUGUUGGGAAAGUCCAAGACGUACGGCUUAUUACUUGUAAUAAGACAAGAAGAUUCAAGGGUAUAGCGUAUGUUGAAUUCAAAGAUCCGGAGAGUGUUACACUGGCACUUGGAUUAUCGGGUCAAAAGUUGCUCGGUGUUCCUAUAGUAGUGCAACAUACACAAGCUGAAAAGAAUCGUAUGGGCAACUCCAUGCCAAAUCUCAUGCCAAAGGGUCAAACAGGACCGAUGAGAUUAUACGUCGGAUCUCUUCACUUCAAUAUCACGGAAGACAUGCUUCGUGGUAUCUUCGAACCAUUUGGAAAAAUCGACAACAUUCAGUUAAUUAUGGACCCAGAAACUGGCAGAAGCAAAGGCUAUGGAUUUUUAACUUUUAGGAAUGCUGAUGACGCGAAAAAGGCUUUGGAACAGUUGAACGGUUUCGAAUUGGCUGGAAGACCUAUGAAAGUUGGUAAUGUCACAGAACGUACAGAUUUAAUACAAGGUCCAUCGCUUCUCGAUACAGAUGAAUUAGAUCGAAAUGGCAUCGACCUUGGUGCUACCGGAAGGUUACAGUUAAUGUUUAAAUUAGCAGAAGGAACUGGUCUCGAAAUUCCUCCAGCAGCUGCAAACGCGCUGAACAUGGCUCCUGUUAUGUCAACGCCGCAACCACCUCCGCAAGCUGCCCCUCCUAUAGCGACGCAAUGCUUCAUGUUGUCGAAUAUGUUUGAUCCGCAAAACGAGACGAAUCCAAAUUGGGCGAAAGAGAUUCGUGACGACGUCAUCGAGGAGUGUAAUAAGCACGGUGGUGUGUUGCACGUGUACGUGGAUCAAGCUUCUCCUCAGGGUAAUGUAUAUGUGAAGUGUCCAUCAAUUGCGACAGCAGUCGCUGCUGUUAACUCGUUACACGGUCGAUGGUUUGCGGGACGGGUGAUUACAGCCGCUUACGUACCGGUUGUGAACUAUCAUUCGCUGUUUUCGGACGCGAUGACCGCGUUACAGUUACUGGUCCCAAGCGCGCCUCGAAGAGGGAUGUGAUUCUAAACGUUGUCGGGGCGUGUUACGAUUGUAUAAAUUCUUCUAGUAUUAUUACGUUUUUUCUUACCGAAUAUUAGAGGAAAAAAACUUUUGUUAUUAUAAUAGAAAUAUUUCAAGUCGCAGUUAGGGAUAUCAAACUGAAUCAAACCGAGAAUGAUGUUUUUGUUCUAUGAAAACGAAAACACGCUGAACCUGCGACAAGUCUUUAGAUGCACUUGUUAGUAAUCUUGACCAAUUAGUAUGUGAUAACAUCAGAGGAAUCGAUACACCUCUAGAUGCUACAUUUACUAUGUGGCUGCGAAAUUUCCCUUUAAAAAUAGUUAUUUAUUAACACAGUACAAUGGUUUAAGAGUAUUACGUAUGUUUGUCUAUGAAUCACUAUACUUUUGACAGUUUCAGCGUAACCGAAAAUAGUGAGUUUGCCUUAUUCGUUAACCAUAUUAUACAACAACGGAAACCUGUAUUAAAUGAUUGUCUAUUACGUAUAACUUCACAAGGAUGAACGACUUUUUAGCGCUUAGCCUGUUAAAGUAAAAUCAAAUUUCAACGAUAUAGUAAAACUAUGAUGUAUGCGAAACAUAUAUCAUGAAAUUUUCUUCAGAAAUCUACAAUAACGUCAAAACUCGCAACAAAGGUUGUUUCUUUAGGAAAAAACGUAGGUUUGUUACAAAGUAGGGAGGAACGCAUAAAAUAUUUCAGGAAUAAAAGAAGGGGUCUGCAGGUAAUGAAUAUUAUUAUUACAUUAUCCUUUCGUUUCGGUAAGGUCAAUAAUAUGAUAAACAUUUCUAAUAAUGUUAAUAAUCUUCUCGGAGCAAUAAAAACUGUCACGAAGCUAAUAUUUAAGGCACUAAUUUACGCGCAUACUAUUUCUGUACAUUCUUUUUAUCUAAUUAUAUACACAAUUAUAUAAUGGCCUUCUAAUCAUAGAAUGUCUACGAACUAGUUCUCAGCAUUGUAAAACUUAGAUAAAUUAAUUAAUCGCGAACGUUUGUAAUUGCAAGAGAGCAAUUAAAAUGAUUAAUGUAGACGUUCGUGUUAAGAAAACACGCAUAUAUACAUUUUCAAAUUUACAUCGAUUCAGCUUAGACAUAGAUUUCUAAUAUCAUGAAACAUUAAUCAAUUUCAAAAGUUUUUGUUUCUAUAUAGAUACGGACAACCUCUUUUGGUUCAAGGAGUGUUACGAUUACGUGUAGAUAUAUGAAAUAUAGGAAGGAAGAUUUCGUGAAUAGUAUUUAUCAAAUUUUUUAACAAUUUUUGUUAUUCCUGCAGACCUCAAUUACGAUAAUCUGUAUAAAAAGUUUUGUAAAUUAACACGAACCGUUCAUAGAUGUAAACACUGCUGUAACUUCGUAUUAUUGAAACGUGGAUGUACACUUUGAUAAUUAUAAAGUAAAAUUAAUGUGAUACGUAAUGUGGAUGUGAAAAGUCCUCUUCUAGUAUACAAAUGUAAAUGCGCAAACAUACUUCUAACAUUUGUUCGUUCAUACACGUGAUAAUUUAAGUGAUUAUAGCAUACAUAAGGUUUUCAUUUCUUAUUGUAGAAUAGAAUACAAAGAUUAUUUUUUAACCUUCA